CCCACUACUUGAGUUUUCGUUAUUUUGAUCUCUACCGUCCCUUCAUUCGCUUUUAAGAUUCCAAGGAAACAGUUAUAUCUUGGAGCAUUGGCAAAAGAGGACCCCUGAGAUAUUUGUGAUCUUGCCUUUUUGCACUGCAACCCCGUAUGAGGUAUUAAAUCUCCUAAUGUAAUGGAAAAAUUCCAGCUUGCACUCCCACAUUUAGUUAUGACUUCACUGUGUGCAAGAAACAAAUCUCCUGAGGAAGAGGAGGGCCUGGCUGAAGAAAAAUGUCUUGCCCAAGAUGACAACAACGACGUUUCAACUUCCGGUUCUAACAACGAAGAGGAAACUAAGGAGGACGACCUAAGAUCUCUUAAAAACAGUCGUCUUGAGGGGACAAGUCAACCGACAGAGCCAUCUAAGGAUGACAAGGAUUCUGAUAAACUUCAACGCGAAAGUGGAUCUAAACAAUUUAAUGAGGUAAAUAUUGGUGAAACUUUAUCCAAAUGAAACUUUAUCCAAGUGUCCCUAUAUACUUGUUCCUACUUCAAAUG